GACAACAACAGUAAACUUAAAAUAAAAUCUCACAUUACUAAUAUUAUCAACUCAUAAGAUAAAUUUUCAGCUGUUUGCUAAAAAACAGCGAACAGGAAAAUUUUUUAAUCAUUUUCAGUUCCUGUGCAAUUUAAGUGAAGAGGUGUUUAUACAAAUAGUAAAACUUUAAUUCAGCUUUUUUCUGCUGAUUUUUAAUCCAUAAUAAAGGCUGGAUACUUUUUGUUGUGAGAAAGCCCAAAGAAAAUGUCGGGCGAUGUUUCCAUAAACACUUUGCGGUUAACUGUUCAUGGUAAUGACUUACCUAAUAGUGAUGUUGGCACUAGAAGAACUUGGCGUAAGAUGGUUAAAAAGUUACAACGCAAGAAGCGAAGGCAAAAGCAAGCCAAAGAGCGUGAUAGGUUAUUGGAAAUUGAGAAUUUGCAGAAGCAAAAUGAUCCCAUACAAAAAAGCCGUCUAGAACAGCAAGAAGAGGUGGAAAUGAUGCAACUUCAAAAAGAAGAGAAGGAGCAUGAAGAGCAGGAAGAAGCCUGGUUGAGAAGAGAACUUUUAGCUCAGCAACGGUUCAGACAACUAGAGAAACUGCAAAAGGCUCAAGAGGCAGCCCACGAAGCUCUGCGUUUACAGAGAGAAGCUGAUUUGCAAAAACGCGAACAAGCGCUUCUAUUGAAGAAGGCUGCAGAAGAACGUUUAAUUAAAUCACUGAAUAAAGAAUUUGAGGACACAAUGCGUGUAAUGGAUGACUACUUAACUGAGACGAUAAUAAAAACUCCCCCCAAACUCAAGGUUCUUAUAGAAACCGCUCCGGAUAGGAGGAUGUGUGAAUUCUUUGAAAGGACCAAUUGUUGUCGUUACGGUCUUUGUUGUAAUUUCAAUCACAAAAGGCCUUUACUGGCAAAAAUUAUCAUAAUAAGAAAUUUUUUUAGUCAUCCACUACUUAGGCAAACAGAAAAUCCAGAGUAUUUCAACGCUGAUGAACAAUUGGAGUUUAACGAGGAUGACUUAAAAAAAACUUAUAAAGAAUUUUGCGACGAUGUUUGGCCGGAGAUAGAAAAGUUUGGCGAGAUACUAAAUUUCAGAGUCACUCGUAAUGUGCAAGACCAUUUGAGGGGUCACACAUUUGUAGAAUAUAAAAACAAGAGAGACGCAUUAAAAGCCUUUGUUAAUCUGCAAGGACGAUAUUACGCUUGCCGACGCUUAUGUGUAGAAUUCUCCAAUAUUCGGCAUUGGCGUAUGGCGGUCUGUGGUUUAUCUUUGGCACAUAAAUGCUCUAAAGGUCCGCAAUGUAAUUAUUUGCAUUUGUUUCAAAAUCCAGGCAACAAAUACAAUCAGACUAUAGAGCCUAUGGUAAGAACACCGAAUGUGGUUCCAAAUCUCAAUAAAGUAGAGAUAACGCCUUUAUUAAGUUGGAAAGACAUAGAAACGAAAAGUGUUUAUGCGGAAAGAUGUAGAAAUUGGCGAUGGUCAGAGAGCCCGGAGAUAGAAGUAGAGGCGAAGAAAUGUUGCGGAGGCAAUGGCAUCAGUCACAAAAGCGAAAACCUUUCAAAACCAAUUAAGGAAAAACAUAAAAGUAGCAAAAGUGACAGGAAGGAGACUAGUAAAUCGUCAAAGACCAAACAUAAAAGACGAGAAAGGAGCAGAAGCAGACGUGAAAGCCGUAAUAAAUAUACCCUGCCAAAAAGUGAACUACCUCACAGAAAAUGGAACAAAGCGAAAAGCUCUGGUAGAGAAACUUCUAAAACCUUAGAGAAACAGCCGUCAAAGAGAAAGAGUAACAUAAGUAAAAGUCAUCAUAAAUCAAGAAGUGAAGAGAAGUAGUCGUGAAAGCAGUAAAAUGAAAAGAAUACGAUUAAAUAUAUCCCGCUAUUAUUAUUAUUGCCCGAAGCAAUGAGAAGAGUAAUUUGCAGCUCUUCAAAAGGUGGUAAUUGCCUUAUGUAUUAUACAAAAUAGUGACGAACAUGUUACAUGUUGAAAUUUUUAUUAAUUUCUUUUACUCUCCCAGUUUCAAGCUAGAUAAAAUGUUUCUAAUAGUUCGACAUAUUUCGAUAGUAAGAGAUAUGUUAAGUUGCAGGCUUCAGCAGAUGCCAGCUGCUUUUAUAGUUUUAUCUUUUUUCUUAAUGUUUCAUUUAAAUUUGCGCAUUUUUUUUUAAAUGGCGAUCAUCGUUCAAUGCGCUCUGUCAGUUGGGUUAAAUCUGGCGACAAUAAGUUUGCUGUCGCUGAGAGCAAAUUUGCCUUAGUAUUGAGUAUAAACCAAGCAAGUUGCCACAAAUCUCUUUCUUAGAGUUGUGUUUGUAAAAAAGCAGCUGUUAGAAAAUCAGUUAUUAAUUCAAAAAUUUUAAAAAAAUUAAAAAGGAAGGUUGUCCUAAAUUACAUUUGUGAAUUGUGAAAAAAAAAUAAUUAAAAGUAAAUACAAUUUUUUUUUUUAAAUAUCGAGCUAAAUUGAGCAAUGUUGACGGAAGCGUAAAUUUUCAGCACAAUGUAUCAUAAGUUCCUUUUAUGCUCGUUGAUUGAAAGACGGAACAAUGCGACCGCGACACAGAGGAAAGGAUCGCAAAAAAAAAACGUUAGGCUUACCCUAAUACAAGUAUAUCGCCAUAUAGGGUAAGCCAAGAACUAUUGGAAAGAGUUUUCCCUCAAGUACAAACCGUCGGCACUAAAACUGUAUGAAUCGAAGAAUGCACCGUGAACAUAAUGUCGUGGCUGGCACAAAACUGAUUAUGACUUUUUCCUCUUUAAUAAUAUGGACUACCAAAUUGAAGAUUUGGUCAAAGAAGACUUAAGAUCACUUGACCGGAACGGAGAAAUUUUCUCCGGUUAAAGUUGUACGUCCGCGAGCUAGAGAAAUGCCAUGACUGCUUGGCAGACUUUACCAAACAAAAUGACAACUUCUAUUGUGACACGAACAGCAUAAAUGUCAUUAUCAAUGAGAGGGAUGAUUUAAUUUUCGCCAGUAAACAACUGAAUGUGGAUUUCCCAAAGGACGCGGUGUCCAACGCCUUCGGGAAAGCCUAUCGAAUUUUCUAUUCCUGCAUACGGGCACAUAUACUCGAAAAAAAUAUUGGAAAAAGGACACGGGCGACAAUUGUGUCCAGAUGCCUCUUCUUCACGCUCUCUCCUGCGAGAAGAGAUAAAAGCAUACCGUUAAUCUAUUAUGUUAUAUACUAUACGUACUAUUAUUAACUAAUACUAAAAUAUAGGAGCAAUCCGCAAAAAACAUUACCCGCAAAUGUAAUUAAAAAUAUAUGUAGUAUUGUUAUUAUAAUUAUAUGUAUAUAUAUUGCUAUAAAAUUUUAGUUUUAAAUCAAGUUAAACAAUAGACCCACGUGGGAUGCCACCCGUGAGGAAGGUGUAUGGGAAUCUUAGUAUGAUUGGUUUCAAACACCUUUGGAUUAUCUUUUUUUCAUUUCUCGGUAGAUAUUUGAAUAACACCCCGAAUAAAAUUAUUCAAUUCAGAGGUAUAUGAUAAUGUCUCUUACAA